UUAAAAGGCUCAAUGAAAUUUAUCCGAAAAACCCAAGGGCUAAACCAAUUUUUGAAGGCAAUUUUUGAUGGCGCUUUCUCGAAAGCAUGCAGCCCCAAUCUUCUUCCUCCCUCCUCUGCUUCACCGAGUGAACUCGCUGAGGUCGACAACUCGGAUCUCGACCAGCCCUCCUAUGGCUUUUGCUCACCACCCAAUAUCCAUUCUUCUCAAAACUUCAAAGCACCCAAAGACUUCGAUUCUGAAAUCUCCUCUUCCUCUUCCUCCUUCUUUUUCCUCCAUUUCUCUUCCUCUCAAACCUCGCAAUCUCUCCUUGUUGUUAAGGUCCCGAAUUCCAGGGCAUAAAGGUAAUUACAGUUCUCCGCCGUCGGCGCAGGUGGAGCCCCAGGAGUAUCAGGCGAGUUCAGCUGCGGACGCCUUCACUAACUUCAAAGCAUCUUCUGCUGCCCAUCACCGAUGGGAACCCAUAUCUCUCCGAGGGCACGAGACGGGCUAUAGCUACUGUUGCUGCUUUGGCGAAGAAGUAUGGGUCUGACAUUACGGUUGUGGGUAUGUUUACUGAUGAGAAUUGCUCUCUCUGUUUUUACAUUGUGUGUUACGGUGUCGAAACCAAGCUUUAUAUAUAGAGCUUUUCGUUACUGUAGAGACGUUUUCGGAAUUGAUUCAGUAAAUGUAGAGUAGGAAUAUAGAACUUUGUGUUGUUUUGCAGUGAUCGAUGAACAGCAGAAGGUUCGACUAUCCGCUGGCAUCUCUCUGAAGGUUUGUGUAUUGUCUCAUGUGGAAUUUGGAUAUUACAACUUUGAAUAUUUAUCGUACACGAGUAAAGGGAAUGUGAAAUGUUAGAGCUGAUUGAUUAAUAGAGAACAAAAACAUAGAUAUUAUAUGAUUGUGUCGAUUCAGUGAUGUCGAUUGAGUUUUCAUCGGUGUAUUGCAAUAAGAUGCAAUUUUUCACAA